AUGCCAAAGUUUCGUCCGCGAGUCGAGUCAUCGAAUGGCCAUAGAUUAUCACGGAACACCGCCGUGCAAUCGCCGCACGAUGGAUCAUCUCCCGCACAAUCUGCUGCAAAAAGUCCUGCUGCGACGACCGAUUGUCAAAUUGUGCCAACAUCUGCUCCAAAUCCAUCGUCUCGGACUCUUCGCUCACAGAUGAGGUGUAGUCCUCAGAGACGUGCAGCCGUCCCAGUUCGCGCACAAACAGACUCGGGUCCGCUGUGGCAAACUCCACACGGACCCGGCCCAACAGCCCCUCGUAGUGCUGUUUGA